AUGGAAUCAGCCGUCAAACACAAACAGACUGACCAACAGCCGGACAGAACGCCUAUAGAUGAGGGAAAAAAAUGUAAUUUGGACAAUGCUGAUCAACAAAUAAAAUUUUCUAUUCGGAACAUCCUACAGUUACCGAGCGAAGCUCAGGGUGAAGAUGAACAUCCUGAUCCAAGGGUGCAUGAGAACCACAAGUCGGCCCUGAAGGGGAAACGGAAGCGGACCACGUUCUCCACACGUCAGCUACAGGAAUUGGAGAAGGCGUUUAGGAAGAUGCACUACCCAGAUGUGUUUCUGAGAGAGAAAUUGGCUUGCAAGAUAAAACUCCCGGAAUCACGGAUACAGCACUCACAGAGCAAGUUCCUGGCAAACUUCUUCAGAGAAAGUCCGGCGCCUGACAUGACAGCUAAGAUCACCACCAGCGAGUUGGUUGUACCACGAUCCUUUGUAACCCAUGGCAAUAACGGAUAUACUUACCAAUCCCAGACAGUCUCCAAGUCCUAA